AAUUGUGUUAUUUCAAUUUCCCGCCAAGAAUCCCUAUAAUUAUUCAAUAUGACAACCAAAGAGAAUAUAAUUUCUUCGAUACUAGUUGAUCUGUGAAGCAAUUUUUCGACAGUCAAGAUUUAAAACAUUGUGAUUUGUGGCCUGUGGGUUGUUUUGAUAUUUCUCCAAAGUUUGAAUUUUGGUAUUUAUUUAUGUUCAAGAUGUUAUAAAAACAUUCGUUAUUAAUAAUAUUUCGUAUUUCUAAAUUAAUAAUUCUUUAAAACUAUCGGAAAAGAUGUCAGAAAUAAAAAAGGAAAACAAGAGUGUUGAGACACAAAAAAGCUGCACGUCGAAUUUACCGCUUCUUGUUGACGAGGCCGAAAUUAAAAUUAACAAUAAACUUAAGGAUCGAUUAAGAAAAUACAUUAAGAAGUUAGACAAGUCAGGAACAAGCAUAACCAAGGAAGAGAGUGACAAAAUUGAAGUCGAGACCUUUAGGCAAUUAUACAAACCAAAAUUUGAUGGUAUUGAAGAAACUUAUAAAAAAGUUCCAAAAUUUUACUUCAAACUUCCUCGAUCUGACGAUAUGCUAUCACAGAAGUUAAGAGAGGAGACCCGAGCUCAGUUUCUUCAGAAGAAAAGUAAAGAGUUACUGGACAAUGGGGAAUUGAAACAUUUAUGGAGUUUGCUUGAGAAAUCCAAUGGUAGUUACAGUAUGUCAAAUAGUGAUGAGCUAACAAUUGAUUAUUUACAGUAUAGGAAAAUAAGGGAUGAAGCGGGGCCUAAAUAUAGGCCCUACUUCACAGCUGAGGUAUUUGGCCGUCUCCAAGCAGCAGAAGGUGGUAUAGGAAGGGUUAGAGGUGUGUCUCUGUUUAACUAUGUUAUGAGACGUGUUUGGUUACAGCAGACUAGAAUAGGACUAUCGUUGUAUGAUGUCACUGGACAGGGAUAUCUCACUGAACAUGACCUAGAGAGCUAUAUAGCAGAGUUAGUCCCAUCUCUAGCAGCACUAGAUGGUCUAGACUCAUCGUUCACAUCAUUCUAUGUGUGCACAGCGGCAAGAAAGUUUCUCUUCUUUUUGGACCCACUGCGAGUUGGAAGAGUAAGGAUACGAGAUGUGCUUUCUUGCUCUUUUCUUGAUGAUUUACUAGAGUUAAGAGAAGAAGACCUACCAAUGGAGCUCCAAGAACAAAAUUGGUUCAGCGCAGCAUCAGCCCUCCGUGUGUAUGGACAAUAUCUGAAUCUUGACAGAGAUCAUAACGGGAUGUUGAGUAUUAAUGAAUUAGCAGGAUAUGGUUCAGGAACCUUGACGCGAGCGUUCCUUCAAAGAGUUUUCCAGCAAUGCCUUACCUAUGAUGGGGAGAUAGACUACAAGACUUAUCUAGACCUAGUACUUGCUCUGGAGAACAGACGCCAGCCAGCAUCCCUAGCAUACCUGUUUAGAGUUCUGGACAUCAAUUCUCAGGGAUAUCUCGAUGCGUUUACCUUAAAUUAUUUCUUUAAGGCGAUUCAAGAGCAGAUGAUAGCCCACGGCGCAGAACCAGUAAAUUUCGAUGACGUGAAAGACGAAAUAUUUGACAUGAUCAGACCAGAGCAUCCAUCCAGAAUAACUCUGCAAGAUUUAAUUAAAAGCGGUCAGGGGCACACGGCCGUCUCCAUACUCCUUGAACUUCACGGAUUCUGGGCUUACGAGAAUCGGGAAUCUGUAGCGGCUGCAGGUGACCAUUCCUGACAGGGUCCAAUUGAGCCAAACAUGAUGGAGAUUUUGAAAAGAAAGUCAGGAAAUAUCAUGUCUACUGCAAAAAUUUAUGAAUAAUAGAAAAUAUUGUAAAUCUCUGAUAUUAAACCAAUCAAAAUUAAAAUUCAUCUUAUUUAGUCGCACUCCUUAUUUCUGAAUGUCGUGUUUGGGGCCGCACAACUUCCUCCGCCUCUGUCUUUGGCAAGGUUUUGGGCCUGGGUGAUGGUAAUACCCAAUUGGUCUUUACUUGAUUGGUCCAGAAAGUUGGGAAUCUGAUGCCCUCCGCUCUGCUAGUCACGAUGAGGUUUUUUAGGCUUUCUGGAUCUCUGAGUUACUUGGGAUACGUUGGUAACAAAUUGAAAAUGAACCAUAUUUCUAGAGCAUUGAUUUUUCUCCUUUUAGAAGUCUGUAUUUUCAAGAAAAGAGAAAAUGAG